AUGAUAUCUGCUUGGAUUCUUAUCAUUUUGCUCAUUAUUCACAAUGUUGCACAAAGUAUUAGUUGUCGUGAUACUGUCGACAAAGAACUUUGCAAUAUUAUUAAAGAGAAGAAACAUUGCGAAAAUGAAAAAUUAAAAGCUGAAUUAAAACGAGUUUGCGAGAAAACUUGCAAUCUUUGUGAUUAUAUACCUCCAAAGCCAGUUUUGUGGUCAAAUUUUAUUAGACGAGCUAUGGCAACUGCUUGGACUUUCAUCGUUUUACUCGUUGUCUGCAGCAUUUCAGAAAGUAUUACUUGUCGUGACAUCCUAGAGAAAAAAGACUGCGAAAUUAUUAAAAAGCACAAAUAUUGCGAAGAUGAAACUUUGAAACCUGAUUUAAAGAAAAUUUGUGAAGAAACUUGCAACCUUUGCAAUUAUAAACCACCAAAGUUAUUAAAUUUUUCACCAAAACUCUUGUACGGAUUGUAUGAAUACGGUGGCAGAGCUAAUACUUCACAUGUUUUGAUGAAUAUGAAGCACCGUUUUACGACAAUCAAACUUUUAAAAUCGGGUUUGGAUAAUAAUAACAAAUCUGCUAGAAGGGGUUUGGGUCCGAGUAAGCGGCAGCAGGUCGUUGUAGAUUACUAUUCGUCGUCAUCAACAAUGAAUGGUUUGCGUCACCUUUCCCAGGAAGAAAGAAAUAUUGUGCUAGAAGAAAGGGAAAAUUUUCGUAAUCAAGUAUCUAAUAGAAUGGGUGAAAUGUUAUUACGCGGUGAUACAAUGCUGGAUGAAUAUUGCUCCGCGUGUGGUAAUGUUUUAAUGGCGAAUAGGGAAGGGACACGAAGUUGCGUUGCGUGUGAAUUUCGAACGAUUUUGUCGGAUAAUCGCAAUGGUUCUCAACGAUCAGUUAAUGCAGCACAUUCAUUAAGUAUGGCUGAUAUUAAUGUUCAAGAUUCUAAUUUAUAUCAAAUAAAUGAUACUAAUGAAUCGGUACAACAAACAUUAAAUUCUGAUGAUCGUCUUUCUAAUGAAGUGAAUCAAACGGAACAUCGAAACGGCAAUAGUGUUACACCUUCAGCUUCUGUCAUUUUUUUAUUUUAUCCUCUAGUGAAAUCAAGCACUAAAGCGAUCAUGCAAAAGGCAAUCGAAGAAGUUGAAAGAAAGUUAGAAUGGUGCACAGAACGAUUGCACGUCACCGAGUCUGUUGAGGAAAUUGCUUUACUGAAUGAAGCAAUUCUGGCAGGAUUACGAAUUCUGCAGCGAAAGGAGACUAUGUUAGGUUGA